AUGCGACCAACACACCGAGCACUCCGGCUCGCAACAGCAACCACUUCCCGAGCUCCCCGGCUAUCCCCAACCCAUCUCAAAACCCGCCCCGCAUUCUCAUCUCCACGACCCUCACUUCAACCCUCAUCUUAUCAACACCGAACCUUUUCCAAUUCUGUACCCCCCCACCCCCUCCCAUCAGGCCUCGCCCUUCUCACAACCCGCCGCAUCCUCUCCCUCACCGGCCCGGACACAGCCAAAUUCCUCCAAGGCCUCAUCACCGCCAACAUCACCCCGGGCCACGCCACGCCCAACCCUGCGGCCGAACAUAUACGGACGGAUGCGGGGUUUUAUGCGGCGUUUUUGAAUGCCCAGGGGAGGGUUUUGUAUGAUGUGUUCAUCUACCGGGACGGACGUGAUGGGCCUGGAGAACCAGGAGGUGAGGCGGGGUGGUUAAUAGAAGUGGAUGCUGCAGAGGCAAAGGCGUUGCAGGCGCAUUUGAGACGGUAUAAGUUGCGGGCGAAGGUGCAGGUGCGCUUGCUGGAGGAGGAGGAGGUGCGGGUUUGGGAGGCGUGGGAUGAUACCAACCACCUCAACCCAGCAGCAGCUUUUUCUCCGGAGGCGGCCUCGUCGUCGUCGUUGAUAACCAUCCCCGACCCCCGCGCUCCCAACCUCGGGCAUCGCAUCCUCACCUUUUCUUCUUCUUCCACACCCGUUCCCCUGGAAUGGGAGGCAGCUCCCGAAGCGGCGUACCACCUCCGUCGGUAUCUAAACGGUGUACCGGAGGGCGCGGGGGAGUUGACGCCUAGUUCGGCGCUGCCGCAUGAGAGUAAUUUGGAUUUGAUGGGCGUCACAACGGGGACGGCCGGGACGGCCGGGGGAUCGGGGAUAGUGGGAGGGACUACAGGAGGGGCUAUAGAUUUCCGCAAGGGCUGCUACGUCGGCCAGGAACUGACUAUUCGCACGGAACAUCGCGGGGUGGUAAGGAAGAGGGUACUGCCGUGUCUGUUAUACCCGGAUACCGCCGACUCGACACCACCCUCCCUUACUGCUGGGACGGACCUCGGAGCUACCGAUGUAACAGCCAGCGCAAUCCCCCCCAGCAGCUCAAUCAAACGCCUCACCAAAUCCGGUCGCAGCGCCGGUAAAUGGCUCCACGGCAUCGGGAAUGUAGGCCUCGCGCUCUGUCGGCUGGAGACCAUGACCGAUGUGGUGUUGCCUGGGGAGGCGGGGACGGCGGGGUUUGUGGAGGGGGAUGAGUUUUAUGUUGAUUUAGGGGAUGGUGAGCCUGACAAGGAGGGGGUUACAAGUGGUGGGAGUGAAGGCGGGAGGGUACGGGUCAAGGCGUUUGUGCCGGGGUGGUUGAGGAGUGGGUUGGCUGGGAAGGGGGGGUCAGGGCAUUAG